GCAUGCACAUUCAACUAUCCCUUUCACACAGCGACAGGCCAGACUAGUUGCGCAAAGAUCUCGCUUGCGUACGCCUAGUCGGAAACAUGGCGGACGGCAAGGACCCCCUGAGGCAGCUCAAGGAUCUUGCGCAGCUCAAGGAUCAGCUCGAGGACAUCCAGAAGCGCGUGGAGGACGAAGUGCAGGCGGGGAUCCCUCAGGGCGGCUCCUUGUUGGCCUCUCCCUUCCUGAAGGGCUUCCUGGCCGGUUACGUGGUGGCCAAACUCCGGUCCUCGGCCGUCCUGGGCGUGGCCCUGGGCACCUGCACGGGCAUAUACGCCGCCCAAAACUACCAGGUGCCCAACAUCGAGAAGACCGUGAGAGACUACUUCAACUCCCUCAGAAAGGGGCCCAACUAAUUCGGGUGGGGGGGGCGAGGCCACCCCCUUUAAUUUGGGCAGGGGGUGAGCCAGGUACCCUGUUUUUUUCCCUCGCAUCAGAGCCUGAAACUGGAAGAUUUCAUCUCUGUCUUCUCCUUUUUUAAUUCUGAAAAUUAAUUAUUUAAACGAAGGAGCCCUUGUUGAGUCUUGUGUCAAAGUGCAAAACAGAGAGAAAGUUUUAUGGGGAGAAGCUAAGAAACUGAGUAACGCUGAUAUGGGUCCAUGUUUCUGUAUAAAAUCCACCGGUGAGCAAGCGUGAAAUUGUCAGCGGCAGAAAUUUUGGGUUCACAGUUUGUUUGCGCAAUGCUCACGUGUAACUGGAAAAGACGCUUUUAUCCUUUAUUAAUUGUAUUAGUAUUUUGCGAGAGUGGAAUCAGGGUUCGUUUAAUUGCCUUAAGGAACUGGACGGCAUGGCUGCUAUCGUUGUCCUGAGUCGCCAAUCCGCCAUUUCAGCAUCUGUUCGUGCGUUUCCCUCUGCUGUUUAAGUGUAAACAUUUACCCAAAGAAAACAGAGCUCGAUAAAUAAGUUUUUUUGCAGGAUAAUGGCUGCUGCUUGAAAACUGAGCUUGUCCUCUCCUUGAUUAUGGCUUAUUUUAUCAAGGAUAUGAUAAGCCAUUUUG